AUGGAAGGCAAUACAUCGAAUACUACUAGAAUGGGUCCUUGUAAUGUAACAUAGUAAAUUACAUCUAAACCAGAGUCUCCUUCAUCAUAAUCAUUAUUUGAUGAUGAAAAUGAUGUGUCUGAUUAAAAUAUGAUUAGGGACAAAAUGCAAACAGUAAUAGGUUAAAGCCGUAAAGUAAAUUAUAAUUAAGAAUAAGUCUGAUUAUUUAAAGCAUGCUAUAUUCUUAACAAAUAGAUCAUUAAGAAUGACUGAAAAAUAAACAACUUCACAAUUUGUGAUAAAUUUUAGGAAACAAUACUUUAUACAUAGAUUUGUGAACAAUCUAUUUACAAAUCUUUAUUUCAUCAAAUAGGAUUAAAAAUUAAAAAUAACAUAAGCUUUAGAUGAAAAACCUGCGUAAUAAUUUGCUAAAAAUAGUUGUAAAUAAAGCAAUAUUUUAUAGCUGAUGAUAGUAAAAAAAAUAAAUGGAUAUUUCUACCAUCAACUCAUUUUAUAAUGUUUUGGGAUAUAUUUGGACUUAUCUUUCAUUUAAUUAUGUUAUGGGUUAGUCCUUUUUUGUGUUCUUUCCAAGAUUUCAAUAAUAACAUUUUGAGAUUAAUUUAGUCUAUUAUAUUGUUUUAUUUGAUCUUGGAUUUUUUAGUAAUGUUUAACAGAGCUAUAAUAAAAGAAGCAGUUAUAGUUUAUUAAAGAAAAAAGUUCAUUAAAAAUUAUUUAAAAUCUGAUGCAAUAUUUGAUUUUUUUAAUUUAGGUAUUUGGUUAUUACAAUAAUACGAAUUUUAUCAUUUGUAUUAGUAUUACAUGCAAGAGUUUUUAAUUAUAGUUUAAGUGUAUUUGAUAUAUAAAAAAAUCUAAAGAUAUAUAACAGAAUAUUUUCAAUAAAUUUAUUGUCGAGGUAGCCAGAAUUUUACAAUAGAUUUAAUAUCUUUGAUAAUUUAAAUAUACUAUUUUGCUCACAUUAUAGCAUGUAUUUGGCAUUAUGUAGGAUUCAAAAGUGAAAGUUUAGGCAAUACAUGGUUAAUAGACAAUCAUUUAGAAGAUAAAUCAAUUUGGAGUAAAUAUAAUGCAGCUUUUUAUUGGGCAACAAUGACGAUGACAACAGUAGGUUAUGGUGAUGUAGUUGCUAUAAAUGAGAUUGAAAAGAUUGUAGCAUCAAUGGUGAUGUUUUUGUCUAGUUGUGCUUUUGCUUAUACAAUGAGCUCAAUAGGAAUUAUAUUAAAAAAUAUAUAUGAUACUCAAUUAACUUAUAAGUAUAUUUAUAAUUAAUAAUAAAAUAGAAAAAAUCUUAUUUAAAUUACUUAAUUUAUGAUGAAAAAUAAUGUAGAUGAAUAAAUAUAAGGCAGAAUUAGAAAUUAUUUAAAUUCUUAAAUAUAUUAAGAGAAGAAGGAGAAUAUGGAUGAUGUAAACAAUAUCUUGAAUUCACUUCCUUUUAAUUUAUAAUAAGAUUUAAAUGCUGAUAUUUAGGCUAGAGUUAUAAAGUAAAUUAAAUUAAUUAUUAAUCAUUUUUCUAAAUCUACCUAGAUAUAAGUAGCUAAGAAUCUUUAAUUAAUUUCACUUUUGGCUGGAGAUGUUGUUUAUAAAUAAGGAGAUCUUCAAGAAGAUAAUUUGUAAUAGUUACUUAUAAUUUUAGAUAUUUUAUUCACAAAGGUGAAGUCAGGCAAACAGAAUUUUAAACUCAAACAACACUUAAAUUAUUAUAAAAAAAUUAAUAUCUUGGGAUUUACUCUUUUUUCACUGGUUUUUCUCCAAAAGAGACAGCUAUAUGUAAUAGUCCAACAUAAUUAUAUAAAAUAAAUAGAAAAAAAUUUUUAGAGAUUAUCAAAAGUAAUUAGAAGGAUCAUGAAAUUUUCCAUCAUAUCAAAGACAAAAUUAUAUUUACUAAUAAUUUAAUUUUAUUUGAUCAUAAAUGUAAUUUUUGUAAUCGCUCUUUUCAUUUGGAAGUUGAUUGCCCAUUAAUCCAAUAUAAACCAGAUUUAGAGAUGAUUUUGAAAAAAGAUAAUUUUGUUGAGAAAUAUAAUUGCAGAGUUUUUAAGGAAAGAAAAAAUUAUAUUAAAAAUAAUACUUUAGGAUAUUUAAAUAAAUUAAAUCAUUCCUUAAAUUAAUUUUAAGAAGAUUAGUAAAUUCAAUUAUUUGCGUUGAAUGAAAAUAAUUAAAAUGAUAUGCCAAGAUAAAGAACAAAUGUAUCAGAAGUAGUAUAUCAAAAUUCAACAUAAAUGAUUGGAUAAAAUUUAUAAAAUAUUAGUGGAAUUAGUGAUGAAGAUCAACAUUCAGAAAUGGGACAUACACCUUAAAACUCAAAAUAAUAAAUAAUAAAAUCUAAUCAUAGUAUUUCUCUUGUUUAUUAUAGGAUCUUCAUUUUCAAAAAUGAAAAUUGGUAAAAUUGACUAGAAAACAUCUAAAAGUAAUUUUGCACCAAUUCCAGAUAAUUUAAUUGGAUCAUUUAGCAUACUAGAUGAAGUUAAACAUAUGUUAAAUUACUAAAAUACUUUUAAUUUAGAUAAAGUAAAUUUUUUGAGUCUAUCUUACAUGCCAUAAUACAGUUUAGAGUCAUAAUUGAAACAAAUGGUAAAGACAAUGAAAAGGAAAAACUAAAGACUUUAAAGAAUAUAUGAAAGAUUUGAUAAAUACACUUUCUUUCAUAAAGUUAAAGAAUUAUCUUUGAAAUUAAGAGUACAUUACAAAAGAAGCAAGAAAAUCACUUUGUAAUGA